AUGAAUGUCAGAACCUCCAAAGUAGCUGCACUGGUGCUGCUGUCAGUGCAUCUCCUGCAUGCGUCUGCGCUGCCUGCAGCCUCCUCCUAUGAGUUCAAUGUCUACAGGAUGCAGCAGUACAACUUACAACAGGACAAAUAUGGUUGCCGUGGAGCUAUUGUGGUGGCAGAAGCACGCUCAGCUGCGGAUAACAGUCUCACUCGACGCUGUGUGAUCAUGAAACUGCCUGAUUUCACGGAAGAGCGCUACCUGGAAGCAAAAAAGCAGAACGCGGCAGCAGUAUUAAUACUGCUCCCAAAAAACAUCUCUGCAGUACCACCGGAGAUAGUACAGAGUUUCAUGGCGGCUGAGUCUCAGGUCCUGCAGAAGGAAACUCUGAUGCCUGUGUAUGUGGCUCCAGAGGAUGAACAACUGCUCUGCAUGUACGAGGAUGUCAAUCACGCCGCAGCUACGAAAUCUGCUUCUGCGCUAGUGAGAGUUCUUCGUAGCAUAAUCUCCACCACAGCCUUCCAAAUAUUAGUGAGUAACUCCCCCAUCAAACCUAUUACUGAUACCACCAUCAUCGCUUUAGAGGGAUUUCUUCCUGGAGCUGGAGAAGACUUGCCCACGAUUGUCAUUACAGCCCAUUAUGACACGUAUGGCCUUGCUCCUUGGCUGGCAUAUGGUGCUGAUUCUAAUGGCAGUGGCGUCGCUAUGCUUCUUGAGCUGGUUCGACUUUUUCAGCGUCUCUACAGUGAUCCGCGUAGCCAGCCUCCAUAUCACCUUCUGUUCACCCUGUCUGGUGCUGGUAAAUACAACUUCUUAGGCACCAAACGUUGGCUGGAAGAAAAUAUGGACCGUGCAGAAUCCAGUCUUUUGCAUGACAACGUGGCAUUCGUUCUGUGUCUGGACUCCCUCGGUAAUGGCGAUGAGCUUUUCCUUCAUGUUUCACGACCUCCUAAACCCGGAACCUCUCAGUUUAGCUUCGUUCAGGAGUUGGAGCAGGUGAUCUCCGGCAGGUUUCCCUGGGUGAGAUUUGGAACCAUCCAUAAAAAGAUUAACCUGCAAGAGACCACCGUGGCCUGGGAGCACGAGCGCUUCGGGAUGAAACGUAUCCCAGGAUUCACUCUGUCACACAUCGAGAACUCCAAAUCAGAGCUAAGAGGGUCUAUCCUGGACACCAUGGAACAGGUGGACAUCAUGAAGCUCAGACGGAACGUGGUUAUUGUUGCAGAGGCCUUGGCAAGAUUCAUAUACAACCUUACAGACAAGGAUGUUCAGGACAGCCGUUUGUCUGCCUUGAUGUCCAUGAUGACGUCUAUUCCCAGAGCUGUUCAGCUGCUUGACAGAGAGCCAGAACACGUCCUCCUGAUAAGCAGCCUGGAGCAAGAGUUUAGAUAUUAUCUCAAGCAGGUCUAUAGACACACGUUCCAACUAGACAGAAGGGAUCCUGAAAUCACGUUCUUUGAUCAAAUGAGUCAGCCAAUGAUGAUGUACAGGGUAAAGCCUGCUGCCUUUGACCUGUUUUUGGGAGGGUGUAUAGCUGGAUACCUUGGAAUAAUCUAUUACGCCAUUCAGAAAUUUGGCCACGUCUACACAAAAUUUAAAGCAACAAUGAAAGCCAAGCACCAAUAAACUGUGGAAGAUCAAACAUCACACUUCAAAGAUCCAGUGCAAAAAGCCGUCUACACCAACAUAAAUGGAAAGGAACAUGUUUGUUUGUGUAAUAUAAAGAGGUUUUCUUGUAAAUGAACAUUACAGUCUUUUUUCUAUCUUGAAUUUCUUUAAAAAAUUAAAGAUCACGCC